CCCGCCAAAGAUUGUGAGAUGAGAGUGGAACCACGAAGAAUUCAAAACCUGUCUCCCUGUCUCUCGCUCGUUCCAGGGUUCAGCGAAGAUGAGUACCAUGAAAUUUUGCCGCGAAUGUAAUAACAUUUUGUAUCCUAAGGAAGACAAGGAGCAAAAGAUUCUCCUAUACGCAUGCCGUAAUUGUGAUCACCAGUAAGUUGCAGACAACAAUUGUGUUUAAAGAAAUGAGGUGCAUCACUCUGUAAGUGAACGGACUCAGAUCCUUUCAGAUGUUGCAGCUGACCCAACUCUUCCUCGUACCAAGGCUGUGCGUUGUGCCAAGUGUAAGCAUGGAGAGGCAGUCUUCUUCCAGGCUACGGCCAGAGGCGAAGAAGGAAUGACGCUGUUCUUCGUCUGCUGCAACCACCGUUGGAGAGAAUAGAGUUAUUCUUCCUGUCUGUGUUCAGACAUUACCUCUGAUACAAGUGCUCUUAAAAGAGUUUGUCUUUAAUGUGUGGACGUUGGGGUCUUUUGUGACAAUUUCCAUUUGUUAAUGGGUCUAUUUUCUAAGUU